AUGGCAAGUCACAGCCGCUACUUGGAGGGCCUCGCGGCGUCUUUGAGGAUUGUCCAUGGACAAGGUGAUGCCAUAGCCUCAGCGGACUUCGCAUCUCUGUGUGAGCAUAUCCUGGGCGCGUUCGACCAUUUGGGUGCCAUAAUGUACUUUGCGAAGCUGGAAAUGGGAGGCAAGGUAGACUCUAUCAAGCGCGUCUCUGGCCAGCUCACAACAUUGCGCGAGGUGGUCGAGGCUGACAUUUCGGCCAACCGGGCGACCCUCAAGGGCAGUUGCGCACGUAACCUUCAUCGGCUCAUGCUGGUCAUCACCUUCGUGCGACUAAUGCUCUCAAACCUGAUGGAGAAUCCGGGGAUGCAGCUGAAGGACGCAUUGUGGAACGCGUACCAGGGCUCGCUGAGCCCAAUUCACACCUACAUGGUGCGCACGGCGGUCUGGGCUGGUCUGGUCACGAUGCCCACGCGUGAAACCUUCAUGCGCAGCAUCGGUGAAACGGAAGAAUCGGCCCGCGCUCAUGUGCCUGAGGUAAUAACUACCGCCGCGGAUGUGGUCACGCGCCUGGAGGUGCUCUACGGCACAGGAGGCAUUAAGAUGCCCGCAUCCGACACGGUAUUCAUCCCGACCGCCCCGCCUGACACGGCUGCGGCAGGGCAGUAG